UUCUCAGAAGAGUUGGGGAGGGUUUUCUGGGGUGUGAGAGUGUAUUUAUGAACUUCACCCGGAAUUCCUGUCUGUAUACCCACUGCUUCUACAGAACAGCACCAGUGUGACACCAACUGCACAAAUACAGAUAUUAUGGAUCUUUCAGAUGCCCUUGACUUCCCACAGCAAAAUAAUCAGCAGGCAGGAGGUCCAGUAUGGCCCGGCCAACCAGCCAACCCCACCUGGCCUGGUCAGCCUGCUAACCCCACCUGGCCUGGUCAGCCUGCUAACCCCACCUGGCCUGCGCAGCCAAACCAACCAGCAUGGCCUGGACAGCCUGGGCAGCCUACCGCUCCUGGGUGGCCUGGACCUGCACCACAAACCGGCCCUUAUGCUGCUCCUGGCCAAGCUCCAAGAGCACUAACUGUGCCAUUUGACCUGCCGCUACAAAGUGGAGCCUAUAACAAGAUGCUCAUCACCAUCGUUGGAGAGGUCAAACCUAAUGCUAAACAUUUCACAGUUAAUUUAAACAAAGGCAACGACAUUGUGUUUCAUCUAAACCCUCGCUUCAAUGAAGGCGGAAGGCAAGUGAUUGUACGAAACAGCAUGAUUGGAAACCAGUGGGGCAGAGAAGAGCGCGAGCUCCCCUCCUUCCCGUUUGUCCCAGGAAAGCCUUUUGAGCUGAAGAUCUUAUGCACUGACACUGAAUUCAGAGUGGCUGUGAACAAAGCGCACCUUCUGGAAUUCAAACAUCGGACCCGUGAGCUCAACCAGAUCAGAGCUCUUAGUAUCUUCAAUGAUGUCACCCUUAACUCUGUUAAUGUGGAGACACUGCAGUGAAAUCAUACUGCAGAUUCUGUCAUAGACAAGUCUUUUAACAAUGUUUUUUUUAACCUCCAACAAUCAUCUUUUUUUAAACACUGUGCUUGUCAGUAAGAUUUUAUAUUUACUACAGAUGUUAGUGAUAUGAAUUUGCAUGCAAAUCCUGUUUUUCUCAAUGCUGUAGUUAGCUUUGCCACCUCUAGGUGGGCCUGUUACUAUCCAGGAAGGGUUAGGUUGUGAUAUGGGUCAAUGAUGGGGUUUAAAGGAAAGAAAUAUUUAACAGAAAAUUAGCAAGAUGAAUUUUAUAUUGAUAUGCGAGAUAUAUGAUACUGAAGUACCAUUGAUUAUACACUUGCAAUGUCCGCUGCAUUUAUGAUGCUACUCAGAAUAAUGGUGGUGGUCAUAGUAGGGAAUGUGAUAUUGGCCAGUCAAGAAUAGUGCAUAAUUCAUGUGAAAUUAGAACUGGAAUAAAAUAGGAUACUAUGAACUGUAACCAGUGCCAAAAGAUGAUUCUUCUUGGUUUAAUGAUCCCAUGAUUAAAGAAACAAACAGAUGUAAACACUGAGUGGUGUGCAUGUAAUUACAAUCCUCUGUGAGACGUGUGUAUUACACUUUUACUGCCAGCUCCUAAUAUAAAUAAAAUAACAGCAGCGUAAACUGAAGUCAAGGCAGUGUUACAUUUUUAAUCAUGGAAACAGUCUGUCAGAGACGCACUGACAGAAAUCUAAUAGACCUGACCUCAAUUAUGCAGAGGUCUAUUUAUGUAGUGCCUAUAGCACCUGAUGACUCUUCAAAGAGUUGAACCCUGUUGCAACCCACAGAUGAAACCUCCAGCAUUGUAUAACUAAUGUGCACAAAAAAAAGAAUGUUCCAUUGUGUCGUGAUUGUGUUUCUGUGUAUUUUACAUCAUAAAAGCUAUAUUAACCCACUCAUAUUAUAUUACAUACAUAUAUAUAUAUAUAGUGUAUUUUCUGGUUUAAACUUAUCAGAAAAUGUGUGAGAUUCCUCAAAUAUGGUAUCCUUAUCUGUCCAAUAGGGUGAUUUUAAUGAUUUUUGUCAUCACUGAUUUUUGUGAUUCAAUGAUGGUUUGCUAUAGAUUUGUAUUGUUAAUUACUUAUAGAAACAGAAGCCCAAAAGAAUGCAAUUAGUAAACAAACCAAUAAAUAAC